ACCAGCAACAUGUCGUUCAAGACUUUCUUCCUAUCGCUGUGCGUGCUAGCGGUCGCAUUCAAUUGCAUCGAAGCCAACAAAAGCUUCGUCGCUUUCAACAAAAAAUCCACGUUUUUCGAAGCGUGGCAAGAUUGCCAUUCUUUCGAUGGGUAUUUGGCAUCUAUUGAGUCUGCACAUGAACAAUCGCUUGUGGAAGAAGCAAUGGCCAAAAACGGCAAUCCUAAGGCCGAGUACUUCAUCGGAGGAACUGACAUUGGCCGUCAAGGUCGAUGGAUAUGGAUUGGCUUGAACAAGCAGAUGAAGGACAUGGACUACCGGAACUUCUAUCCAGGACAACCUGAUAAUUUCGGAGGCAACCAGCACUGUCUGACGAUCGGACACUUUAAAGCAGAGAACCGUGGUAAAUGGGAUGACGGGAAUUGCAUGAAACCACUAGAUGGAUAUGUGUGUGCCUUCAAAUAA